AUGGCGAUCAAAGUCGUGGAAUCUUUAACUUCGAAAGAGUCUCAACACUUAUCCCUCUACCUCAAGAUUUGCACACCAGACUAUGCUAUGGACGCAAGCGCGCACUACGGAUUAUACGGCAUCAACUUCCAGUGCCUCGAUCAACAGCAUGUGCUUGAGCAAGCAGACGCGCGCAUCUUGGACCCGGAUCUCCUGAACCUAGUUGUCGAUUACGGUCCGAAUAAUGCGUGGUGUGGAUGGAACUUCAAGUUUGAUGAUGCUCAUGGCUUAAUAGAAAGCUGGACCCAAUCAGAUGCGCAAGGAUUUAAGACUCGGUGGAUUAUGCUCUUUGAUGUGCACAAGCAACGAGAGUUCGUGUUACGCCUCUUGGAAAAAUACAAUCUUUCGGCUAGAUUAAGGGCUAGUUUACUUUCUCCGCCUGGCGAAGGGAAUCUUGAAAUCGCAAAAAGAUUAUGGCAUUGGUCGUCUGUGGAGCAUGGUGAUAAAUUUCGGGCCGUUGGUUACAACACCUUGUUCAGUCUAGACCAAUUGAAUUUCCCCACUGAGAGAUCAAAGGAUAAUGCCGAAGAAUUGCACAUUAGCAGUGCGACUAGAAAACGAGAAAUUGGCGAAGCUUUGAGAUGGUGGGGUCCCAUCAGUAGCAAAAACCAAUCUCCCAAUAAACCUGUCCUACCUAUCUCAGAAACAUUCAGCCAGGAAAACCAUCUCAACGGCCGCUCUUCGACCCCCAAUAUUAUCAAGUCGAAAGUCCAAACCUUCAAUGACUCCCCCACCGACGAAGACAAGCAUUUCAGCAACAUCCAUUAUCAUCCACGGAUGCUCAGGCUUUGGAUGUGGCUAAUAGUAACGGAUGACGGAACAAUAAUAUCCAUUCACGAACCUUUCCCUGUCUUCGGUAGAGACUACGAAGAACUUGAUAGAAGUAAUGCUGAACACAUACGCAGGAAUCUGCGUAUGGUUUUGAGAUGCCUAUCAGAAGUGCGGUUGCCUCAGCGGGUUGAUACGCCCAGCAGCGACAUUGAUAUUGCGAUAGAAGAAGGUGCGCUUCUUAAUGACCCAACUGGUGACCUUUUGUUAUAUUAUCUUUUUGACGACUGGUAUACGACUUGGGGCAUCGUGGUGCAGCGAGCGCACCCUUAUAGCAAAGAUUUGAAUUACAUUAGGAAGCAAGACCCCCAGCUAGCGCAUAUCGAUAACCUUCACGACAUCGUUCGGCGACUAGCGAGUCUCAAGCGGAUAUACCAGAGCUAUGAGCUCGUACUUGAGAGGCUUCUCCAAGAAGGCAAAGUUUUCUUCGACGAAAAUUCGCCGUUGGCAUUUCGACCUGCCGCUGUAUCUCGCAUUGCACGUUUGAAGUACCGUAUCCGUUACCUUGCAAUCACCGAGAUUGAAGAUUGUGAAUUGGAGACGCAAGGCCUAAUAUCACUCACUUAUAACCGGUUAAAUUUCCGAGAAACACAAGCAGUCGAGAAACUGGCUCUUCUGUCGGUUACUUUGGCAAAAGUGACCAUUAUCUUUUUGCCUCUUUCCUUAAUUAUGGCUUACUUUAGUAUGGACGUUGAGGGUAUCACAGGCCGAUCGACCAAGAAAGAUUUCUGGAUAACAGCUAGUGUAGCAUUGUUCUUAACAUUGUGCUUCUUGCUGCUCACCAACCGACUUAGUAAGGCAUUAGAGAGGAAAGGGCCAAAACAGACUUAA